AUGGUGAAUACUAGAUCAGAAACCAACAGAGUGCCCCGGGAUGACCGAAAUGCCCGAGACGAAGGAAACUCUAACGAUCCCCAAUUCACUCGCUUGAAUGAAAGAAUGGAGCAGAUGGCCAAGAGCAUCGAGGAUUUGGCCACUAUGAAUGCUGUCCUCCAGGCCCGAGUUCCAGAACUUCAUCGAACUGUCACUGACCUAGGAAACCGAGAGAAAGGCAGCCGGGUCGAAGGCUCUGGGGAGCCGAACAAAGAAGAAGAAGUCCCAGGAAACCCUCCCCCUGCUCAACCUGAGGCGGCAAGGGCGGUACAAGGCAUGAUCGCCCGAUUGGAACAAAGAUGCAAUGUUCUGACCGCAGCUAUUCAACGGAACGAUAAGGGGAAAGCUUCCCUGGUAGAAAACCUUUUGCAGAAGACCACCUCUCCAUUCACCGAGGAGGUGGAAAAUAUUUGCCUUCCCGAGAAGUUCAAAGUCCCAGAGAUCCCAUUUUAUACGGGCCUUGAAGAUCCCGUGGAGCACCUAGAUAAUUUUAGAGCCCACAUGGAUCUCCAUCAAACACCCGAGAUGGUGGCCUACCGAGCAUUCCCUCUGACCCUCUCGGGCAAUGCCCACGAUUGGUUCAGGAGCCUCCCGCCAAAUUCCAUUCGUCAUUUCGAGGACCUCGGUAGGAUGUUCCUGACGCAGUUUAUGGCCAGAAGGGGAAUCCGAAAAGAUGGAGCCCUAAUGGCUGAUAUAGCCCGGAAGCCCCCUCAGAAUUUAGAUGGCUUUAUGAGUAAAGUCGAGAAGUGCAUUAACCAGGAGGAGACACUCCGAGCUCUAUUGGGACCCGAGCAAACUCGCCUAUCCACCUCCAGGAAUCCAAAAAAUAAGAAUCUUCGGAAGGAAGAACGGAAGCGGGUUCCAGAAGAAGAGGCUAGGCCAAAGCGGGAUCAGGAGUCCCUAAGAGGUCACAACUGGACACCCCUCAAUGCACCCAUUAUGGAUGUUCUCCUGGAGAUAAAGCGAGACCCGAUGUACCGAAAACCCAGACCGGUGCUCGCAAAUCCGCAUUCACGAUACGCCGACCAGUAUUGUGCGUUUCAUGAUACUACCGGGCAUCGCACAGGCAUAUCCUUGAGACUUCUGAUUGAACGCUUCAUAGAAAACGGAAAACUUGUCUGUUUCCUUGCAGAUCAGAGAAUUCAGCAAGACCCGGAGCACGGCAAUCGCCCUCAUCAGAAUCGGUUCCAUCAGGAUCAAAACAAUCCCCGAGAUGAUGGAGGAAGAAAUCAAGAAAGGGGAAGGGAAUCGGAACGCAAGCCAAACCCUCGGGCUGCACGAGAAAGAAGUAGGAGCCGAGCCAGACCAGUACGGCAGGAAAACCUUCCAGAGAUACAGACGAUUUCGGGGGGUUUCGGAGGAGGCAGAAAGUCUAGCUCAGCGCGGAAGGCAUAUGCAAGGUUAGCCUUCGAGCAAAUGAAGAUUGAUCGAAGUAAGGUGAUCCCGGUGAGACAUUCGCUUGUGGGAUUCACAGGAGAGCAAGUGCUCCCACUCGGGUCCAUCGAGCUUCCGGUCACAGCAGGAAUGUACCCGAGGCAGAGGACGGUGAUGGUUCGGUUCUUAAUAAUCGACCGACCAUCGGCCUACAACGCCAUCCUCGGGAGAACAGCUCUCAAUGAAUUUAGGGCUGUGACCUCAACCCCUCACCUGAGCAUGAAAUUCCCUACCGAAGAAGGAGUCGGUGUCGAAAAAGGAGACCAGAGGAUGGCCCGAGAAUGUUAUAAUACAAGUUUGAAGAAGCUCCCGGAAGCCACGAGACUCGGAGAGAAGAAAAAGGACGAAGAAAAAUAG